UUGUGCUAGUCGUAAAAGGUAUUAGUUGUAAGAUUUAGGUAAAGUUGGUGAAAGUGGUUGAGUGCGAAGCAAUCCAAUGUGAAGGCCGAAGGUAUAUCCAAUAUUGAUAAACCAUAUUCGUUGACACACUAUUCAACAGAAUAUUCGUAAUGGAUCAGAUAGUCGAAAAUCCAAUGGAAGAGGCGAUCGAAAUGGUCGAUAAAACGGACGAGCCGAAUGUACUCGCAGCAGACGCAAUGGAUGCGUGUGCAAGUCCAACAGACGUUAAGAUAACUGUAUGCGUACAAAAAGGAGAUAUUCCUAUGGAAUCACUUGGCACAUCAGACGAACACGAUUCAACGUCUGAUCAUGAAGAUACAACAACAUCCGCCUCGCCGAAGCGUCGUCAUCUGCCGAAAGGCAUCGUGACCAGCGCGCUGGAUAUCUCCCUGCUGACGGCCAAUGCUAACCAGUUGCGUCUUCUGCUAUCGUACAAUGAAAAGUCUAGAACAUAUUUUGUGUGCAUCUCCUUGGUCAUUAUCUCGCUUGUGAUGGAGAUCAUGCAAGGGUUGGGUGUCAUCGUCAUGAAGAGCUAUCCAAAGAUUGUACCAAAGAUGGGCAUAACCUUAUCAAUCCUUGUUGCUGUCAUAACGGUCGUUAACGUACUGCUAGCAGCUUUACUUCAAGUAUAAACCAAAGAAAUGAAUACGGUCGGUUAUUUAAUAUCACAACGUGCUAUCAAUGUGUACCAAGGAAAUAGUGAGUUCGCACUCGAAA